CGCGGCGGUCACGUGGCRUGGCUCCCCCUGGGAGCCGCCAUUUUCCGGAGCGCCCUCAGCGCGCUCUUAAAGGGGCCGCGCCCCCGCCGUGAGGGGAGGCGCGUUUGGGGUCCGGUCCCGGUUCCCGGUCCUCGCUCCCGGUCCCUGAUUAGGAAGAAUCGUGGCUCCCUCCGGUCACYACAGCCGUGGGCAGAGCGUGUCGGGGCGGGACUGGAGCGGACCGGUGCGUGUGUGGGCCGAGGCCUCCUUCCAGGGCCGCCCUGAUACCAUCGGCAGGUUGAAUCGCUCCGUGGCCGUGUUUGCCCUGCAGCAGGAAGGGAGGGAGCAGCCCUGGAUGUUCCUCAGCACCAGGAAGUGAGAAUUCCUGAGGAACCCUGAGCCAUGGCAGCCGAGGAGAGGGAUUACAACCUGACCGAGGAGCAGAAGGCUGUGAAAGCCAAGUACCCCCCUCUCUGUAAGAAAUACGAAUAUUUGGAUCACACRGCAGACGUGCAGCUCCAUGCCUGGGGAGACACGUUGGAAGAAGCCUUUGAGCAGUGUGUGAUGGCCAUGUUUGGCUACAUGACAGAUACAGGGACUGUAGAACCUGUGGAUACAGUGGAGGUGCAGGCAGAAGGGCAUGACAUGUUGUCUCUUCUCUUCCAUUUCCUGGAUGAGUGGCUGUAUAAAUUCAGUGCUGAUGAGUUCUUUAUACCCAGGGAAGUGAAAGUGCUUCACAUCGACCGAAUGCAGUUCAAAAUAAGAUCAAUUGGGUGGGGAGAAGAGUUCUCUUUAGGCAAACAYCCACAGGGCACAGAGGUGAAAGCCRUAACUUACUCAGCAAUGCAGAUCUGUGAGGAUGAAAAGCCAGAAGUCUUUGUCAUUAUUGAUAUUUAAAGCAAGAAGAGCGUGGUUGAGUGGAUGUUGGUCAUCAUCUGGCAAAAGCCYCCUGAAACUCUGAUACCUGAGAAAAAAAACUGAAGAAUUGGUCAGCCAAAAUCAGAAAUUGAAGGGAGUCAUUGCAGGGAAUGAGACAGAGAAUAGGAAGAGUGAAUUAGGGUUUUGGGGGAUAUGGAGGAGAGGUUUGUACAGGUUGGAAAUCUCCCAGGAAUGCUGGCACGCAGCUUUUAAGGUUGAUAAAUGUGCUAAGGGCUGCAUGAAAUACAGAAAUUGGUGGAGCUGGWAACUAAAAUACUCCCUUUUUGCAGGGUGGCAGGAGAUAAUGUUCAUCUAGAUUGAUUUCAUUUGCAUAUUUUAUGUUCUAAUUCUGAGCUAACAUCCCUCCUCCAUAUUACAUAAAUCCAAAAUAGCUUCAGUGGCUCAGAUGUAAUGUGGAAAAAAAAWYSGGAGUGUUUUAAAAUUAGACACCUACAAAAAUGAUAGCAAUUAAGCAAGCAAACAAACCACCACAUCUUUGGAACUGCUUUAAAAAGAAAUCGUGCCAGCAGGUGGUGYUGAAUUGCUGUAAAUAAAUGGCCACGUGAAAUCCUAAAGCAUGUGAGCAUGGAAUCCUCUUAUCACCUUUGAAYGCUGUGAAAAGUUGGCAGCUUUGCUGCUGUGGUGGAAGGGGAUGGAAAAAGAUGUCCCGAGUUCUCCCUGGAUUCACUCCCAACUUUAUUUUGUGAAAAUUGAGUCUUUUUUUUUAAAAUAGAUGAUCUGGAUCGGCCUCAUUGUCUUUUACAAAGGACAAUACAGACUGUCCUUUAAUGUCAAAGGAUUAUGGACUUCASUGAAUUGAAAUGAAUCAAAAAUAAUCAAAAAUGUGUUUUGUUUUAAAUCACGGAAUGGCAAAUGUGUGUUACCUGCUGUUUUGAUUUAAUUUAAAUGUGAGCACAGGCCUGGCCUGCUCCGUUACCGUAAACGCUCCAAGUGCCUCAUUCUGGAGGUGGCAUCUCAUCCUAUAAAAACCAUCUUAAAUAGUUCUGGUUUUAUUUCUAUGUUGUAAAGACUGAGGGGUAAACCCCUCCCCCCUUAUUUUUUAAACAAGCCUCAAUGCUGAAAUAAAACUUGGACUGGAAGAAUUAAUGGACUUGUGAGUGAUUUUGAUGGGCAAAUUCAGUGAAUGAAUUACAUUCAUUUUGACGGGCAAAUUCAAAUGAAUUACACUUGUGCUUUUUUAGGUGAGCAGACUUUUUAUUAUCAGUAAGAAUUGCAACACACCAAUUUAAUGGUAUAAAAUAAAUGUGAUUUUCACAGCCUGGCUUUUCUCCUCCUG